UGGGAGGCAAUUUCCUCAAGCCUUCAAGACAUUCGUUUCAUCGCGACUCAUAUCCCGCUCUUUUCUCUUUUCCUUUCCUUCCUUUUCUCAACUUGGUUGGUAGCUGUCUGCCUGGUUGACAAAAAUUUGGAAGAACAGGGAUCGUUUGGCACAUUGGGCACCGCAUUCAAUGUACGCGAUUGACAGCUGAGGACAAGGUUUGCAGUGAAGUCGAUAAACGGCAUCGUUCUAGAGUUUGGCAAGAAUAAUGCACAUAACGUAUAUGCGAGCGUUCAUCGCUCUUUUUGUCUACCGGUAUUUACGUCUUGUUGUGAAUCUCAUUUCAUUCUAUACAUUCAAGCCUAUCCCUCCCCCCGAGGAUUCAAGAUUGACGUCAAGUGAUGUGACGGUCAUAAUCCCUACGCUGGAUGGCUGUGGUGAAGAAUUGGAGAGGACGAUCGAAACCAUCCUGACGAAUAAGCCCCAUGAGCUGCUUCUUGUUACAAUUGAAGCAAACAAGAAGAAGGCUGAAGAAAUGCUAAGCCGCAUGCCCGCCGCCAAAUCGAGAAUCCGCCUGUUUACUGUCACCCACCCUAACAAACGCCGGCAAAUGACUAGAGCUAUCCCAGAGGUUACAACGACGAUCACAGUGUUCGCGGAUGACGAUGUAAUCUGGCCACCAAAGGUCCUCACCUGGAUGCUGGCGCCCUUCGAGAAAGACGACCGAUAUGGAGGCGUGGUGACAUGCCAGAGGCUCAAACGCGCUACUUCGCCUACCCUGUCACAGCGAGUCUGGGGAUUUCUUGGAGCUCUCUACCUGGAACGGAGAAACUUUGAUUGCGCCGCGACUACCCACAUUGACGGCGGACUCCCCUGUAUGUCCGGACGCACUGUCGCGUACAAAACCAGUAUUCUGCAGGAUGAUGCGUUCACGUACGCCUUCACUAACGAAGGAUGGUGGUUUGGCAAAUACCAAUUGAAUGCUGACGAUGACAACUUUAUCACUCGAUGGAUGGUCUCACACGGCUGGGAAACUUUCAUGCAAUACCAUCCUGAAGCGGAGGUUCAAACCACUUUGGAAGAUAAUCCUACUUUCUUGAAGCAAUGCACCAGAUGGUCUCGGAGUAAUUGGAGGAGCAAUCUCACUAGCAUGUUCGAUGAGGGGCAUAUUUGGCACCGUCAGCCUUGGAGCGCGUAUGCCGUUCAUAUGACGACCCUCUCGCCCCCAGCUCUUCUCGGCGAUCUAGGCCUUAUUUUCCUCUGUCAUAAGGCUACUGCCUCCUGGGACGAACAUGCCCAUAUGCUGGCAAUGUCGUUCCUUGCCGCCUGGAUGUUUGUCAUUGACUGGGUUUUUCUUCCUGUGUCGAUUCUUUUCGGCUAUUUCCACGGUGCGAUUAAGAUGUACGCUGUGAUGACACUUAGUGCAACAACUUGGGGUAGCCGAGAAGGUGCCGAUGAUUUCGAUGAGGAGCGCAUGAAGAGGCGACCCGAUGCCGAUCCUCUCAAAAAACCCUACUAUCAUAAGUUCAGACUUAAUGCGAAUGAUUUCCAUCAUCGACUAGUGCCUAGUGUAACCUCGGCCGAUAUCUCCUGA